UGCGGCCCCCUCGGUCGGGGCGACCGCCUCGACGGGGCUUUCUCUGCGUCCUCGAGACUCUCACAGCCGCCUCGAACCUCCCGAAGACAGCCCUCGUUUUACUGCUUCGACGGCAAUCGGAUAGCGACGUGUGUGGAGGGGAUCGAAAUUAAAUGCUUCGCUCGAAAGGCGACUACAUGUGAUCUUUUUGGACAUCGAAUAUUUUGCUACCUCGAGGUGCUGAUAAAUGAAGCAGUCAGCGUAAUAACUCAACUCACACACAGAUUGUGCCACUGGGAUUCAUCCGUCUCUAGCAUUUGGGAGCGAGCGGAUUUGUCAUGUGACUUGCGUUUGGCGAAGAACAAGAGAAUACUUGAAGACUGUGCACGAUGCGUAUUGUUGAGGUCCUACGCGGGUGCGGUUGGUAGCUUUGUCUUGAUUCUUGGUCUGCGUCGCACUCGCGCUAGCGAAGACUGGAUCUGCUUUGCAGGUGCCAAAUUGGCCGAGGAAGCAAAACAUACCAGACAGGACAGUGGCAUUCAGAGAAUGAUAAGACUAAAGCCAAAAAGAAAUAGGGAGAUAAAGAAGGAGGAAAGAGAGGGGAAGAAAGUGUUUAAAGUAAAAAUAGAUAUAUUUUAA